AUGAACCCCAAUUUGGGCAAACUGUAUCACCAAUUCACUAGCCGUCCAAAGGAAAUGACGGCAUGGGAGAAUGAAGAUUGGAUAGACGAAAAGUCGAAAGAAACAAGAAGGAGAUUUUACGUCCCCAAAGGCGAGAUUUUCUGUCGUGCGCCUAAUCAAGAUGGGAGUCUAUGUGAAAACACGAAAAGAGACACGCCUGUGAAUCUUUGGCGCCAUUACAGAACAAUGCAUGCUGAAUUUAAAGCAUCGGCUACUCGCACUCGUUAUAUAACAAAAGAACAAGAAAAACGGGUCGAGAAAUGUUUCGAGAAUCAAGUGCUUCUAGUGCUGCGAGCAAACAAUAUUGAUGAAAAUGGAACUUGGGAUGAGUUGACAGACAUGAUCAAGAAUUAUGAGCUGCGUGAAAAGGAGGCCACCCAAAUUGAACAGUUGGAUGACGAUAGCGAAUCUAGUGAACAGCAUGAUCCAGCUUUAAUAAGUAUAAGACGACCCGUCGAAGAAGUGUUUUCAAAGAAAAAUGAGAAGAAUGCUAGAGAGGCCAAAUCACUUCCCGCUAUUGGAAAAGUAAUCGGAAUUAAAACAGAAAGGCAAAAAAUAGUCUCUCUUCGUAAACGAGCAGUUCCUGAUACAGGUAAAGAAGGGAAUCAAAAACGGGCUAGAAUGGAGGAAAAGACUUCCCUGUCCGCUGAUGGAAUAAUUGAGAUUAAUCCCUAG